GUGAAAUCGAGGACUCACGCCUCAUCUCAUCUAGGAGUCGUCAGCUGAAUGUACCUGGACUCCAGAGUAGAUGAUCGCCCCGGGACUCGAACUCAAUAUCGUCCGCCUCAAGCAGCAUCUUAUUAUUCAAUUAAGCAUCGAGUUCAGGUAGUUACUCAGUUUUGCAACAGAUACACAUAUCACAUUAUGGGACGAUGGAGAAGAUUCGCAGUUCAAAUAGGUACUUUUAGCGCCGUUGAGUUCUCUGUGCUAGAUGGCAUAAUUACAGAAGUUCCACUGUCGCUAUGGAAAAUAUCACCAGUACUUACUUCUACAUUUAGUUCAAAGAACUCAACAAUACCAAAAACAUUAAUUCGUGAUAAUUUAGUUUUAAAGGUUUUUAUUUUAUAGUUAUUAUUAUUUUGAAC